AUGACUCCGGGGCGUGCGAGAGCCACGGAAGGGGUGCAGGCAGCCCACCAGUGGGGGCGUGGAUCCGCGGAGGACCAGCUGUGGCUCCCGCAUCUGUGCGAGGUGCCGCCCGCCGGGCAUGGCGCCAAGUGCUGGGACAACCUGGGCAUCCUGCCGGACCCGCUGUCCCUGGAUGCCGCGGUGCAGAACACGCUGGCGGGGCUGUUCCCCCCGUUCAGCGCCACGGCCCCCACCGUGCUCAGCCAGCUGUUCCGCGUGCUGGAGGCCACGUACGGCGGCGACGGCCUCGGCUGCCUCCUCGACUUCCUCAUCCCGUCCAAGCGGCUCCUGGAGCACGUGCGGCAGGCCGCUUGCGCGCCGUACUUUGGCUGUCUCUUCCUCCACGAAGGCUGGCCGCUGUGCCUCCGCGAGAAAGUUGUCGUCCACCUCGGCCCGCUCAACCCGCUCCUCUUGCGCCCAGGGGACUUCUACCUCCAAGCGGAGCCCUGCGGGGAGCAGUCGGCGUGCCUGGCGGUCAAGUGCCUCUCGCGGGACCUGACCUCGGUGGAGAAGAUCCCCGUCCCCGAGGCCUCGUGCUCGCUGCCCUUCACCGAGGGCUGGCUGGAGGAAGUCACGCAGGGCCUCGGCCGCCCGGCGCUGCACACCUGCCUGGUGGCCACCGGGAACGGGAUCGUCCCCAUCCCGUGGAGCAAGAUCGUGGCUCCCGAGUUUGUCCAGGGACCCAAAAUGGAGGCGCUGGCUGAGCACGACUCCUCGGGAGGCCCGGAGGCCUGCUGCCCGCCGGGUUCUCCGCGGCAGAGUUGCCCCCUCGCUGCAGAGGGGCACAGGGGGCCCGGCGGGCCCGUGCAGACUCCUCCAGGCAAGUACCCCGGCCUGAUCAAGGUGGAGCAGGGCUCCUGGAAGAAGUCCAGCCUGUUCGUCGUGCCCAGCCUGUGCGACAUCAUCAGCGAGAACCUGGAGGGGGAAUACGUGAACCUGCUGGGAUUUUCGGAGGAAACGAAGCCGAGCAUCUCUGCUCCUGCCGAGCCAGCAGCGUCCCCAACUCCGGCACGGGACCCUCCAGGAACGGCAGCGCCCGAGUCUGGGAGAGGGCUCGCUGGGGAGAGUGGCAGCGACGAGGCCACGGCGGCAGACUGGGAUUGUGGGAUGGGGCCACACUCCACGGAGGGUCCCUGUACGCCUUGCCUGAGGAGGAAGCUGAUCCCAGACCCCAAGGACCACGAAUCAAGGUGUCGGUACCGGGAGUCGUACAUGGCCGCCCUCAAGAACCCCGUCAGCUUCAGCUCGGGAUUGAUGGCUGCCAUCUUGGAAGAGAUGGAUGUCGCCAAGCAGGCGGCCCCCCCGGAAAGCGCCAGCGUCCCGCCUUCUGAGGGGCCAGGCCAGGCGGCCCCCAGAUUCCCCUCCGUGCAUCCGGAGAAGGAUGAGAAAGUGGACGAGGCUUCCAAGCCGGGGCCGGCAAAACUGCCGAAGUCCCCCGCAGAAUGCCCGGCCGCCAGCAAUAAAUUCUCUUUCCUGAAGGGCCCUCGCCAGCUGCCCUGCUCCCCGGCCGGCUUGGCAGCGCCCGAGAAAGCCGGCAAGAGGCAGGAGGGGCCUCGGAGGAGGACGCUGAUCGCCCGCUCCCCCAGGACAGUCCGGGCAAAGCCGGCAGCGGCCGCGGGAAAAGGUGCCAGCCCCGCCGAGGCCGUGGGCGUGGACAAAGCCGUGGACGACUCCGCUGGGAGCACAACGGAUGCCCAGCUCAGGGAGUGCCUUCCUCCCGGAUCCGACCUGCAGGAGCUUGUGCACUGGGAGCUGCUCAGCCCGGAGCUUCUCUCUUCUGGCGUCGUGUGUCUGCCAGGGAGUACAGACAGGCUCGGCAGGCCGGUGGUUCAGGUCACCACGAACGACCGUGCGUGGGCAGCACCGUGGUGCUCAGCCCGGGAGGUGACGCGUCUCCUGCUCCAUCUCUUCUCGCUGGCAAGGAAGCAGUGGAGCAGCGCGGGGCUGACGGUGGUGAUUGACGCCCGAAAGGAGCCGCCCUCUCCCACGCUCUCUGCCGCCCUGGGGGGUAGUGCCUGGCCUGGAGCCAUCCACACGGUGCUGCUGCUGGCAGAGAAGGAGGCCGCUGCGCAUCUGGAGAAGCUGCCCGGGGUGCAGGUGGAGCUGCUGAGCUCCCUGAAGGCUCUCGGCCGCCACGUGGACGGUGGCCAGCUGACCCAGGCCUUGGAUGGCCAGUUCCCCUACUGCCACGGCGCAUGGGUCCAGUUCUUCCAGGCGGUCGGGCGGCGGAUGGAGAGGCACCGGCAGCUGAUGCAGGAGGUCCUGUGCGACACGCGGCUGGUGCGGCUGCAGAGGGAAGGCGGGGCGCUGCUCGCCAGGCUGAGGAAGGAGGCGGCCCGGCUCAGCUCGUCCCCCGACGUCCGGAGUAGCUUCGCCUCUGCCCUGUCCCUCUACAACCUGGUGGAGGAGGAGGUGCACACGCUGGUGACCAAGUCCAACCAGCGCUUGGAGCACCUGGAAUUCCUGCUGAAGAUCCGGGAGCUGGAGGCGGAGUUCAGCAAGCUCAGCUCGUGGUUUGACGAACGGGGAGAACUGGAGCUCCGUGCGGCGGGGGCUGCCGAGGGCGGCCGGGAAGGCGUCGAGAGGGCCUACUGGCGCUUCCAGGAGUUCUUCAAAGAAGCCACGGCCCACUACAGCCGCGGGCUCUCUCUGUCAAAGGAGGCCGCCCGGAUCCAGGGCUCGCGGUUCCCCGAAAUGGAACCCUUCGAGGCAGCCAAGCGGGCCUUCCAGGCACAGCUGACCGUGUUCUACAUGGACAUGGAAAGGAAGGGGGCUGAGCUGGAGACCUUCUUGGACCUGCACCGGUUCUGCGACCAGGUCACCCAGUUUAACCUCGACUGCAAGCGAUGCCUGGCCGUGCAGAGCGCGGGGAGGAAGGAGGCCGGGAGCGCGGAGGGCCGGCAGGCGGUGGAGCGGGCCCUCCAGCGGCUCUCCGGGGAGUUCUCCCCCGAGAGGUUCCAGCAGAUGAAGAGGCAGGCGUCCAGCCUGCGCAGCCAGCAGGGCCUGGCGGUGUGGGCAGUGGCUCUGGAGAGCUGCCAGGAGGCCAAGCGGCUUCUCGACGGGGCCCUGGCCUCUCCCACGGGGGCCCCGGGCGGAGGGCCCAGAGAUGGCGUGGGGAAGAGCAGCGCCCUCGGCCCGGGCCCUCGGCCAGGCCCCCCGGCCCCAGGGGACGGCCCCGGCGCCAGAAUGCCAGCGGGACGCACGGCGGCAGGGCAGCCCGAGGGCAGCCAAGGGCAUGAGGGCGGGUCAGUGCGCCCCCCGGGUGGGGGCACCGGCAGGGAUGGGGCGGGCGGUGAAGAGGCCCCCCUCGGAGCCACCCUGGAAUGUGGGGUCACCGAGGCCCCGGACACGGAGCGGGAGGGCUCAGCGAAUCCCUGCCCGGCCCCCCAGAGCCCUCCUUCGCCACCUGUUGCUCACCCUCAUGCUGAGCGGCCCCCCGGGGGGGCGGCGGGCCUGCCCUUUGCCAAACCACCCUGCAGAUCCGCCCCGGGAAGGGGCCCGAGGGCCAGGAAGCGAGAGGCGGCCCAGUACUUCCAGCUCGCCAGGCACGGGAGCUUCUCUUCGGAAGACACCGAUUCCCAGAACUCCACCGACGAUGGGCAGGGAGCCCCGCUGCCCGCAGAGCCGCCGGGACCCGAAGGAGGCCAGGACAGGGCGCUGGGCAUCCUGUACUUAGAGAAGCACAGCGCCAGCAGCCCUGCUCACGCAGCCCCCCAGUAA